CCGGCGCGACCGGGAGCGCGUCACGCUCGCUGGUCCCCGCCCCCUCCUGAGCAGCCAAUCGCAGGCGAGGCGCCGGGCACGCGCACGCCUCGAGUUUAACGGUCGCGAGAGGCCGCUGGCUCGACCCUGACAUCGGCUGUGGGAGCGGGGCCAGACCCUCUGGGAAGUUUAGUGUGUUUCACAUGUCUGAAUGUUGACAACUGAUGAUGCGUGUGGACGAUGAGCCGGAAGAGGACAUGGACUCAGGGCCCUCCGGCCGUGCGAGAACCAUUCCCCGCCAACAACAGAGGGUAGCAGUUAUAUGCUAUGGGAGAUUUUGACUUGGUUAAAAGCAUACCAGAAACAUCUGUGGGUUCUGAUCACAAAAUUUCUCCCUGUUCUCUUGGACUUAACGUGCAUACUCAUAGAAGUAGUCUCCACCUAUGUACCAACGCGGUGUCCUCUUUCCCAGGGAAGACCGGACCAGCUGUCGGCCAGGGCGCAGUGCAGGCCGUCGCCUCCCUCAUGCAAGAACUGCAGCACAGUGGCAAGACAGAUUCGGAGCUGUGGAAAAAUUGUGAGACCAGGUGGUUCCAGCUCUUCAGUUUGGUGGAGAAGCAAUGUCAGGAGCAGAUCGUCGCCCAGCAGGAGCAGUUCCACCACCAGAUUCAGUGUAUACAGGAAGAGAUCAAGAAUUUAGUCAAACUGCAGACCAGUGAUGUUUCCUGGGUUUCCUGUGAUAGAAGUUCUUCCAGCAAACAAGUGUCUUCCAAGAGUCAAAUGGGUUUUUUGUCUCCAAACAGUGGGAGACAUGAGCGCGGUGACAGCUGCCCUGAGCCUAAGGAGCCUGAGGCGCGGCGUGCGGCGUGCCCCCUGCCGGACAACACUGUGGACAGCGGCUCCGUGAGCAGUGGCUACGGCACCUUCUGCAUCUCAGAAUUAAAUUCCGACUGGGCCAUGGAGCCCCCAGGCGCCUCUGAAGGGCAGCGUGGGGCCCCCAGGGACCAGAUGGGCUCACCUGGGCGUGGUGUGAAACACAAGACAUUUUACACGCAAGCCACCAAAGAGCUCUGUGACUCUUCAACAGCAGAGGGCUCCAUUUUCCCUGGGGAAUUGGAACACGAGUUUCUUGAAGAAAAUAGGAUUUCUGAAGUAUGUAACGGGCAAACAAGCAGUAGUAAGUCGCUCACGUCAUGGGCACAAAAGCCGAAGCAGAGCCAGUCAAACAGAGCACAAGAAGAAGCAUGUUCAAGGUCUAAGCAAGGAAAUGAGCAAAGCAAGCCGUCCCCCAGCGAGCAGGCUGAUUUUGCCACCACCAUGCAUCCUCGUACUUUUCACCUCAGUAAGCCAGAGGAGAGUCCGUCCUGCUGGGAGUCUGACUCAGGGACAGGACUGACCUACUGGAGGCUGGAGGAGAAGGACCUGUACCACUCUUUGCCUGACACUUUAGAGAAGGCAUUUAUCCCCUACCCCUGCACAGACCUGUCACCAAGCCAGGUGCUGACCCUGGAUCCAGCACUGCACAUGAAGGCCACUCAGCAGGUGUCUGGGCCUCCGCCACGUGACUUUGUCAACACCCUUGAUGACAGAAUAUCCUUUUCUCCGGACUCCGUUCUAGAACCCAGCGUGUCUAGUCACUCCGACAUAGACUCAUUUUCUCAAACAAGUAACAUUGCUGCUCAGCUGUCUGGAUUCCCCAAGUAUCCUUCAAAGACGCAGGCGUCACCUGUGGACUCUUGGAAGAACCACACGUUCCAGACCCAAAGUAGGAGCAGUUCCACGUUGCCCUCGGUGUGCACUCUGGCUAGUAAUGACCUCUCGGUCAACACUGUAGACGAAGAACACACUGUCUUGGUUGCUUCGACCUCGGUCAGUCAAUCCCAGCUUCCAGGUACAGCCAACAGUGUCCCAGAAUGCAUUGCAUUGACUUCCUUGGACGAUCCUGUGAUGUUGUCUAACAGAAUUAGGCAGAGCCUGAAGGAGAAGCAUGCUCGGCACGUGGCAGAUCUUCGUGCUUAUUAUGAGUCAGAAAUUGCUAGUUUGAAACAGAAGCUGGAGGCAAAGGAGAUGUCGGCUGUCGAAGACUGGAAGAAAACCAACCAAAUUCUUGUUGACAGAUGUAGCCAAUUGGAUAGUGCCUUGAAUGAAGCCACUUGUCGUGUGAGGACACUUGAGAAUAGGAAUAACUUACUGGAAGUGGAGGUGAAUGACCUGAGGGAACGCUUCAGUGCAGCCAGCAGUGCCUCCAAACUUCUGCAGGAACGAAUUGAGGAAAUGAGAACAAGUAAUAAAGAAAAAGACAAUACUAUCAUUCGGUUAAAAUCUAGACUGCAGGAUCUAGAAGGAGCCUUUGAGAACGCUUACAAACUCUCAGAUGAUAAAGAAGCCAGGUUGAGACAAGAAAACAAGAUGUUUCAGGAUCUUUUGGGAGAGUAUGAGUCCCUUGGGAAAGAACACAGUCAAGUCAAGGAUACGUUAAACACGACUGAAAACAAGCUGCUGGACGCCCACACUCAGAUUUCUGACUUGAAAAGAACAAUUUCAAAACUGGAAGCUCAGGUCAAGCAAGUAGAGCAUGAAAACAUGUUAAGUCUUCGCCAUCAUUCUAGAACCCCUGUGCGACCCUCCCGUGCCAGCACGGUGGCCACCGCGGACGUCAGCAGGCGCAAGUGGCUGAUCCCGGGCGCGCAGUACUCCAUCUUCACCGGGCAGCCCCUGGAUAGCCAGCACAGCCACGUGGACAACCAGCUGGAGGAAGCCUGUGCUCCCAGAUAUUGUUCUCCUCCUGAAAAGGAUUUGUCACCUGCAAGUUCAUCAACCAGCUUGUUAGUGAAAAAGCAAAGGGAGGCGUCAGACACCCCAGUCAUGAAAGCUUUAAAAGAACUGGAUGAAGCAAAGAUAUUUAAAAAUUGGGGGACACAGACAGAGAAAGAGGAUACCUCAAAUAGAUCAGUGAGUCCUCGACGCUUGGAAACGCCGGUCACUGCGAGUCGCUGCCCUGAGAAGUGUGCCCAGCAGAGGCCCAGGAGACUCGGCCCUGCCUCACAGAGGUCGUCGUCCUUGCCGCCUUCCAGUCGGAAGUCCAGCACUCCGACAAAAAGAGAGAUUAUGUUAACACCAGUGACUGUGGCUUAUAGUCCAAAGCGAUCCCCUAAGGAAAAUUUGUCUCCAGGAUUUAGUCAUCUACAUAGCAACCCUGAAAGCAGUCCAGCUCGGUGUGAUGUCCUUCUGGAUGAUUUGGACACCGUUCCUGUGUCUACAUCACAACGCACCAAUCCAAGAAAACAACUGCAUUUUCUGAACCUAGAUGACUUAGAAGAAAAAAACUAUUCAGAAAAAGCCACUGACAGCCAUAUUAAUCACAGCUCCUGCCCCGAACGUUCGCCAAGUGGAGUGAAGAAGGCGCCUGUGCGAGCAGCCUGGGACGAGUGGGAGUCAGCUGGCCGCCAGCCGUGUGAGCCUGUUCCCGUAACGGCACAGGGGGCUGACUUUGAAUACACAGCCAAAAUUAGAACUCUAGCUGAAACAGAACGAUUUUUUGAUGAACUUACAAAAGAAAAGGACCAGAUUGAGGCAGCGCUAAGCCGAAUGCCUUCUCCCAGAGGACGAGUCACUUUACAGACGAGGUUAAAUCAGGAAGCCUUGGAAGAUCGUUUGGAAAGGAUUAAUCGAGAACUGGGUUCAGUUCGAAUGACACUAAAGAAGUUUCACAUUUUACGCACCUCUGCAAAUCUUUGAGAUUUGUAGCCAUUAAAUUCUGAGACAUUUUUGUUUGCA